UUGCCACCUGAAGAUGGCCAGAAAAAUAGUGCAUUUGCCGUCAUGGAAGUUGAUCUUUGUGGCCACAGCUCUGCUGCGGGCCCUGGUUGAUGGCCAGAGUGCGGAUAAUGAGCAGAGCCACUCCACCGCAGUGGCCGGCAUGGAGCAGCUGCUGCGCGUGGAGAGUGAGCUCAUCGACAAUCUGAGCAGCUACGCUGAUGAGCUGGAGCAGAAGCUGAAUGUGGUGCGCAGCUUCGUUAAGCAAAUGCGCAAGGAGAAUGAUAAGGCCUUGGACGAUCCGGUUCACUAUCUGUCGAAUCCUCUGAAUGCCUUUUCGCUCAUACGGCGCAUGCAUCAGGACUGGACACACUGGCAGCACUACAUGCAGCAGCCGGUGGGCGAGCAGCAGGUGAGCUAUGUGCAGCUGAGGCGCGAGCAGCUGCCGAGCAGCACGGAUAUGGAGGAGGCCGGCGACGCCUUGCAUCGCAUACUCGUCACCUACGACUUGAACGUCUCCGACAUGGCUCAGGGGCUGCUGAAUGGCAAGAAGUACAAUGUCAGCUUGAAUGCGCUGGACAGUUAUGCCCUGGGCAUGUACUACUAUGACCAGCAGAAGUUUGGCUAUGCCUGCCAAUGGAUAUUCCAGGCCAUCGAGUGGCUGCAAGGACCACACAAGCUGCCAUUACCUCUGGAACUGGAUCGUGCUGAGGUGUUCCACGUCUACGCCGAAGCGCUUAUCAAAAUGAAUCGAUACAAAGAUGCUCUGCAGGUUCUCCACACGGCAGCAACUCUUAAAAAAGAUAAUUUAAAACUUUUGCUGCGAAAAUCGGAGCUGGAAACGCUGAUAAGAACGGAGCCAAAUGUCGUACCCAAGAAGUUCAUUACGCCGCAAGCUCAAGCCUAUGAGCGGGGCUGCCGUGGCCAGUACCCUCAGAACUCGAAGCUGCACUGCGUCUACAACAGCACCACUUCGGCCUUUCUGCGCCUGGCUCCACUGAAAAUGGAGUUGAUUUCACUGGAUCCCUAUAUGGUGAUAUAUCAUGAUGUCAUAGCGCCCAGCGAGAUCAGCGAGCUUCAGAGCCUGGCCGUGCCAGGCUUAAAGCGCGCAACGGUCUUCAGCCAGCAGAGCAUGCGUAACCAAGUAGUCAAGACGCGAACCUCGAAGGUUACGUGGUUGCUGGACACACUAAACCAACUGACGAUUCGCCUGAACAGACGCAUUACUGACAUGACGGGCUUCGACAUGUAUGGCUCGGAGAUGUUGCAGGUCAUGAACUAUGGCCUCGGGGGGCACUACGACAAGCACUAUGACUACUUCAACUCCAGCGUUGCUGCCGAUUUGACGAGACUCAAUGGCGAUCGCAUCGCCACUGUGCUCUUUUAUCUAACCGAUGUGGAGCAAGGAGGCGCCACGGUCUUUCCCAACAUUGAGAAGGCCGUCUUUCCCAAAAGUGGAACAGCCGUUGUCUGGUACAAUCUAAGGCACGACGGAAAUGGAGAUCCACAAACACUGCACGCCGCCUGCCCCGUUAUAGUGGGCUCCAAGUGGGUUUGUAACAAGUGGAUACGCGAACGACAACAAGUAUUCCGAAGACCCUGUCUCGCAAAUAGCAAGAACGUAUAACCUUAACUAAUCUAAUU